AUGUCAGUUUAUUCGACGGAUUCAUUGGAGGACACGAACAAAGUAUCUCCGAGGUAUCAGGACUCUCUUCGCGGAGAUAACGACGAUUUUAAUUUGGCGUCGAUUAAGAUAUCGACAGAUUUGUGUGACAAUGUAUCGAUUCAAUCAAAACCAACCCAUGCAGUAUUAAUUCGGAGGCAAGUCUCCGCGACACAAAAUUUGUAUUCAGAAGGAAAGUCUAUUCCUAUCUUUCAGAACCUGAACAGUUUAAAGCGGGAAGAAGGAAGCUUGAACAAGAGGUUGGCCUCGGGAUGUCCCAAACGUUCGACGCGGAUGUUUCCGACGAAACGAAGUUGCUGUCCCAAAGAGAACCCGAUGUCUAUAAAGUCAGACAAAAAGCUUGGCAACGUGCUUACCCCGAGGAUUCAGCAGGCGAGGAAGCCGCGUUCCUAUUUGGAGCUUUAUCGUCAGAGAUUCAACGGACCACGUUGCAACGUCCGAUCUCCCGAGGGUUCCACCUUGUCGAUUUUCGGGGACAGCCAACAAGAGCAACUUACCGACGACGAUACACGUUCACCUGGUACCCCCAGGGACGAUCGCAGCGAACUCAGUUUUUAUCGUCGUAUAAUCGAGGGGGGAACCACCGCAGGAUCCUCCGAAACGGUGCAUCAACACGUGCCAGAAGGUACAAAUAACUCCGGUUGCCUGGACAGAGUUAGACGGAACGCGAGUGACGAUAAAUCGAAGAGUUCUGGCUACAGACCGUACACCAUCGAGGACUACAGGAGUUUGCCGAUACCGAAACUCGAUCGAUCUCUCGGGCCCGAUAAAGUUGAGAUGCAAGCGAAGAGAGAGUGGCUGAUGCGGCGAAGGUCAUACGGGAACUCGGUUAGCGAGUAUAAUCGCCAGAGGACACUGCUACAAACGCAGGAGCUCAAGUCGAAGCACGUCAUGGCUCAGAAGUGCUUUCUGCCUCCUUUGAAGGAUUUGGAUGCCGAUUCAAAGACGCAAGAUGAUUCUCUCUGUCCAACGAUAUUCGAAGACGCGGAGACACUUCCAAAAAAUAGCGCCAAGAAAUGUAACAAGUAUUCCAAGAGAAACGUCGACGUCGGUAAAAUAUUUUCGUCGAGCGAGUCUAAAAAAUUCGAGCGCAAGUCGAGCUUCAAUUCUCGCUCCAAGUCGCGCGAUGUCAUUGAAGAUUCAUAUUUGGAGUCCCUAAGGCAACGUCAUCUUCAUGAAAAGGAAAUGGUGGACCGUAUUAUAAACCGAGCGCCCUGCCUUUGACUACAUUCGAAACGACCUCGGACAUUAUUUAAUCCUCGUUCAAAGAAAUCAUGAAUUAUCUAAAUCGAACAAUGAAAACUGGUUCAAAUAAAUGUAACGCAAUGGAAGCCAUAUAAUACACUAUUCGAGGUUACGCUUCAAGGCACC